AUGGCUAAGAGGUGGCUCCAUACUCUUCAGGACCUGAACCCCACCACCGGAUAUAGUUUAUACUCAUACCCAGGAUUGGAAGUCAGACACUAUUCAAGCAACAUGGAAUCCACCAAAACGAAGGCCAAAACAAACAUUAAAAACAUGGUGAAACUCGGUUGGGAGAAUAAACAAUUCAUUGACACCUUGGAACAAGUUUAUAGUGACAAUGCCCCAAAUAAAUCAAUAACCUGCAAAUGGACAAGUCGGUUCAAAAGUGGAAGAAACGAAAUUGAAGAUGAAUCCCGCAGUGGCAGGUCAACAACGUCAGUUUGCGAAAUAAACAUUGAUGCUGUUCGCGCCAUGAUUGAAAAGAAUAGACGAAUAACCACUGAAUCAGUAGCAGACACACUCAGCAUCUCCGUGGGUUCCGCACACACAAUUCUGGUGGAGAUUAGGGGCUAA